GAUUUUUGUAGCAAUAUUAUUUAUGAUUUAAUAUUUAGAAUAUUAGCAGCUGAAUAGCAGAAGGAACAUGAUUUGGGAAGUUGUUGGGCCAAUAUUUAAGCGCAUGAUGCGUAAGAAAUUGUUAAUAGUAAGAGAAAUCGGUCCUUUCAAUCGUAUCUAUGGUACAGCAGAUGCUUUUAUACUUUGCGCCGGCUCGCUUAUAGGCUACCAAUGUUACAGCUUUUCAGCGCACAUGGAAAAAUACGGAGACGGGGGGCUGUACUCUUUCGUCAUUUGCGGCAUAUUUUUAUCACCUAAUAUUUGGUCCUUUGCUGAGUUGCUGUCAAUCCUGCCUUGCCUUGGUGGCACUUUUCAUUUCACUUACUGUUUUACAAAUGAAUUCAUAGCAUUUAUGACCGGAUGGUUUACUAUACUCACCACUGGAUUUGGUGCUGCAGCACAACUGAAAGCCGCUGGUUCUAUAAUGGACGACACAUUUUUCAGUGGGCACAUGGCCAAUACAAUGAAAGACUUCAUGAACUUAGGUGAAAAAAGGUUUCUGUUGGACAGCGCUCCAGACUUUCUUGCGCUAUUUUUGAGCCUGAUAUUCUCCGGCAUAGUUUCGGCAAAUACGAGCGAGACAAAACUUCUGAAUUCAGCGUUGUACUUUAUAAACCAGUGCUGUCUGAUAUGUCUGACAAUUUUGUUCAUCGGUUACAUUGACUUUAACAACUGGAUCCCAUUCAAAUUGAACCAUUUGAUUGUGCUAACUAAUUCAUUUUUAAGCACUAGUGUUAUCUACUCAACAAUUCUUACAUUAGUUUUUUUAGGUGAGGAGGCAAUAAACCCAAGCAAAACUCUUCCUAAAGCACAUGUGUUGUCUUUUAUUUUUGGCCUUAUCCUUUUUUCUGUUUUUUCCCUGUUGAUAACACUCGUAUGGAACUACAGAGAAAUUGAAAGUUCAAAUUCAAUUCAGUCAAUUCUGAUAUAUUUGAAAUUAAAUGGGCUGACAUUCAUACCACUCAUCGGUGUCACUUGCUUUGUGUACAAUAGUCUCUUUAUCGACAUGUUUUCCCUGACAAGAGUUGUGUGUGCAAUGUCCAGAGAUGGCUUGCUGUACAGAGUUUUGUCAAGAGUCGAACACUUCAACAACAUGCCAGUCAAACCAUCUUUUAUAUGUGGAAUAGUUGCUGGUGUAGUCGCUAUGUUCGGAAGACAGACUACACUACGAGAAAUAGAAGCGAUUUCAUUUUUGAUGAUAAGUGCCAUGGCACCUGUUUGUACUUUAAGAAUGAGGUAUGCUCACAACAUAGAACAUUUCAAAGGAAAAGUCUCAUCCCCACAUGGAAAACCCAGCCCAACCUGCGAUGUCAUCGUUUUAGUACUAAAAGUGUCAGUCAUGGGAAUGGCAGUGACGACCAGGCACAUACUCAACGAUUUCAUAAACAUACACUGGAUAUCAUGGAAAAUUUUGCCAUUGUUCCUUUUCACCGUUAGCAUGCUGAUAUCAAUGGUCUUUCUGAUUUUGCAGCCGAUGAAUGUCACACACAGUCCUUAUAGGGUAAGGUUGAUACCUUUUGUUCCAAUGCUCGACAUAUUCAUUCACUAUUUUGCCAUCGGUAACAUCGAGGCAAAGUUUUUAUAUUUUAUCAUUUUAUGGGCUCUUUUCGGUUUAAUUUUUUAUUUUACCUAUUCAAUAUGGCAUUCAAAAGAAGAAAUAUAAUUCUGAAAAUUGAAAAUUCCUAAGCAUUUUUGAUGUUAUUGGUUUUAAAUUAACUGAAGAAUCAGGCAGUAUAAUAAAACUGCAGCCGAACAAAUAUAUAAUAUGCA